AUGGAUACUUUCGGCUCGCCGCCGACGUUUACAGACUAUCAACAACCACCGCCUGAAAAGUCUAGAAUCGACUUUAGAGACGAUGCUACCGACUUUGAUAACGCAAUGGAGAAUCACGCCACAAAUCUACAAGAAGCAUUCCAGAACCCAAAUCUUACUCGAGGUCUUCUCGAGUCCAUGAGCCCUCCCUCGGCUUCCCGCAAACGAGGGCCAACACGUCGAGCUUCUGCCAGCGUCUCUUCCUCCGGGACGAGCAAACACUCCCGACAGCCUCACCGCGCUGGAUCUCUCGGUCACCAGUCUCCUAGCGUUGACGAGAUUUCUAUUCUCAUCAACCGGCUCGCCACAGAACGCCAAAAGACGGCCAAUCUCCAGGCCAGUCUCGCUCAGGCUCAAGCCGAUCUCGCCUUUCAAGACCGACGAUUCGAAGAAGCAAACACGCGCCUCUCCGAGCUAAAGCAAAAAGAGGAAGAGGGAAAUGCACGGCGAAAGAAGACCGAAGUCGAACUCAGCAAGCUACGCGAACAACUCCGAUUCCUCAAGACGCAGUACCAAGGUGCUAUCGAAGAGAUUAAAAAGGCCCAAAGGGAUAUCGACACCCUGGACGAGGAGCGCCAAAAGGCAGUAGACGAGACGUAUCGCGAAAAGGAAAAAGUUCGCCGGCUACUCGAGGAGCGAAAGCUCCAAGAGGCCCGCGAGGCAGGGUACCAAGAAGGUCGCAAAUUGGGCAUGGAGGAAGGUGCUCGCAUGGGAAAGCAAGAGGGGAUCAAAUAUGGUGUCAAGGACGGGAAAAGGGCAGAAGAGAAGAAGCAGAAAAAGGCAAUGAUGGAUCUUAUCCAGGAUGAUGCUGCGUAUGAAGAACAACCACGACCCGAACCACCUCGAGAGCCUGCUGUUCGCGAGACAUAUCACGUCGUGGAUGCGGAAACGCCCGGUCAAGAUGGACGCGGAGAGUAUUUUGUGCCACCAGAUAUAGAUAGAGCUCGUGGUGCCCACCACGGUCGCUCCUCUUCGUUUCCUGCCCCACGCGGAAUCGCACCCGUCGUAACGGUCGAUCCACAAACGCAUACCGCCAACGUCCUGGGUCUCCCCGUCAUUGGUGCCAACUCUGGUGUGCCGGUUAGAAGCAACUCUGUAGACCGGUCGGAUGCCAACAUCAACAUACUCGCAGGGGCUGGCGAGUUUACCGAUCUGGCGGACAGUCCACGACGCAGCAUCAGCAGGCGCACCUCGGCACCUCCUCAGAUGCCCUUGGCACCGUCCGAGCGGCCCAUGGAACAACGGUCGUGGGGAGGUGGCGUCAUUGGAACAGGACAAGGGUACCGUGCCCCCGUCAAGGUUCGACAAAGCUCUGGUAGUCGACCUGGACGAAGCACGGUGACUCCUCCGAGCGUCGCGGGAUCCACUCCAACUGAGCAGUUUGACCUUCUUGCUCACGGACGAGGUGGCCCCGCUUCGAAUGGUCCACCUCACGGCCGAGAGCGAAGCAAUUCACUCUUUGGUCGGGAACAAGUGACAGAAAUGACGCCAAUCCUAGAGGCAGGCUCAGAGCCCGGUCCAAGCCCCGUGACUGCCUAUUUCCAAGACGCUGCCAUGGGUGUGCGUCCUCAAGAGAGAGCAUUUAGCAAUAUGCCCAACGGUGGUGGCCAGACAUAUAUCCCCAAGCGAUCUCAGCCCUCGCCAACGGCAGCGACAGGGACUGGCCAAUACUCUAGGCCCCCAGAAGUAAUAGAGGUUCCGCGGCGCAGUCCACAACCACCAAAGGCUCAGCGCAAAGCGCCUCCCGUUGUCGAGUACGGAAACGUACCCGCCAGCAGCAGUCGCGCCGGCUCACAUGUAGGUCGCAGUAACAGUCGCGCAGGGUCCACCGCGCCAUCUGCAGUCGGAAACAUGUUGCCCGACAUUGAGCUCGUGGGAAGCACCCCACCCGCCCGUGCUAGCGAUCGCUCGACGAAGAUGGCCCAGGCAGGUGCCUCUUUGAUGGGGAGCCCGGCAUUUGUGACUGGCGAUGUCAACUACGCAUCGUUUGUCCCCGGAAACGCUCAACCUGUCGCCUCAGGUGAUUAUAGCCAGAAUGGCGCCCCCCUUGGUCAACCGGGCCAGACACGAAGUCCCUUGAACCCCAGACGUGAGCUUGGUCCUGAAGACUUUAGUAGAAACGACCCGAAUGGAGGGCUAUACCACCCAGCAAACAACCAUCGCCGAGCACCCUCGACAUCGCUUCAGCAGUCGCCACUACACCGUGGACAUGACAUACCAGACCCACCGCGUUCUCCCUCGCGUCAUGAUGAUCGCCCUCCUCCCUCUCCACGCAUGGGUCCGCCGCCAUCCCCUUCUCAGUUCCGCAGCGAUUUGGCCCACCCGACCCCGCUUCGGUAUUCGAAUGCCUUGGACAUGAGCCCGGAAGAGAUUACGAUCCAUCCAAGUGGCACGACCCCUACACCAUCGCAGACCACCUUUGCAGCUGCGAGUUCUGGCAAGAAGGGAAAGUCGUCGGCAAAGGACAAGAAACGACGGCGAGAGGGCUUUGUCGAUUAUGAUGACGAAGUUCCGCAAAUCACUUCCAUGGGCUACAGCGUACAAGAUACCGAGCCACCGCUAACGACGCCUAGUCGUGUUCAAAGCAUGUAUGGGAUUCCAAAGCCAAAGGGUGGCGCCCCUCAACGAACACCUUCUUAUUCCCCUGCACCUCUUCCGCGCAAAACCCCGGCAUACGAAUCCGCACCUCUUCCGCGCAAAACUCCCGGAUACGAGUCGGCCCCGCUACCGCCCCCUAAGAGCGCUCGUCACAACCCGGGCAACCUUCCGACAAUGACCUUUGACCCAGCGGCGUCCUUUGGCGCGUUUAAUCCGGUGCCCAGUCCCCAAAAGUCGACAACGUCGUCACAGGACCGCCGAGCCAUGGAGCGAGACCUCGACGCUCCUAUCGAGCCAUAUGAUCCCAGUCGACCAAGACACGAUGAAGCGGACUAUGUCGAUUCUUCCAGUGUAGUCGAUAUUCUGGAUGAGCGCGCAGAGUCUUGGGAUACGCGCAGCAACAAGUUUAUGCCUCGCAAGCUUCCGCAAAUGUUUGAGGAAGGCGAGGUUAUACCACCACAGAACCGAACACCCGAGAGGGAUACGAUUCAGCCCGAUCUCUCUCGUCUUGGAGCCGAUGUCCAAAUGCGGCCUCCACCAUCGCCGAGCAUGGGUGUGCGCGGUCCACCAAGUGCCUAUGUCAAUACCGCCGAUUUUGACGAAAACUCUGUCAAUCUUCCUUCGACGUUUACCGUUGAUCAAUACGGUCAUCCAAUCCGCUCACCUCAGCGGCAAUCCCUGCCUGUUACGGCCAGCGCUCGUUCAUCCACCAAUGCGCUGCCGUCAGCGGGACCAAUCCAACGGUCCGACAUUCCGUGGAACACUGGUCGGACGACAACAUCCCAACUGCCUAGGCAGUCCGUGUACGAGUCUGCCCCGACGAGCGCAAUCAUGCCGCAGACGUCGACGACGUGGGCCUAUACUCGUGACUCUGCCCAGACGAUCCCCGUGGGGCCUAUUGGGAACGACGCAUUUGGUUUCGGAGCGGGACCGUUUGGAUCUGCUCAAGUUCAACCUGUUCAGCUCCCACCUGGCAGUACGCGUUCCAACAUCAUGAACAUUGCACCGGGGACGUCGCGGUCGAUUGCUCAACCGCUUCCACCUGGCACGACAAGGUCGAUUGUUCAGCCUUUACCACCGAUGCAAACCCAAUCUCAGGUCAUGCUCGCAAACAUGCUUAGCCCCGAUGCAAAUCCUCCAGAGGUGGAUGAGGACCCCAUCAUUCCAAGUCAACAGGGAGGCGCCAAGAAGAAGAAAAAGGGUGGAAAGAAGAAGUAG